UGACGUCAUCGCAGGGCUGGACUCCGAAGGCUAACCUUGUUUUGUUACAUUGUUGCUGUAAUAGUUUACCCCCUUUUGUUUGUAAAGAAACCGAAAAAAUAACCCAUAAACGAAACCGUUGUUCUCUUUUUCUUUUUCUAAGCAAAAUAAGCGCCAUUUGGAAGUUGCCAAAAUGAAAUGGAUGUUUAAAGAAGACCAUUCCCUAGAGCACCGAUGUGUGGAGUCGGCCAAAAUCCGAACCAAGUACCCGGACAGGGUUCCGGUGAUUGUGGAGAAAGUGUCAGGCUCUCAAAUCGUGGAUAUAGACAAGAGGAAGUACCUGGUCCCCUCCGACAUCACAGUCGCCCAGUUCAUGUGGAUCAUCAGAAAACGCAUCCAGCUGCCCUCGGAGAAAGCCAUCUUCCUCUUCGUAGAUAAAACCGUUCCGCAGUCCAGCUUGACGAUGGGGCAGCUGUACGAGAAGGAGAAAGACGAAGACGGCUUUUUGUACGUUGCUUACAGUGGCGAGAACACCUUCGGCUUUUAGACAUCUGCGCUUGGCUUGUAACACCGGCUGACACCCUCUCUCCUCCCUCACUUCCUCUGACAAGCUUGAUUGUAUUAUAGACAUAUACUUGCGUUUUGGAAAAGAAAAAAAGAUUGAUCACUAUAAUAAUCGUAUAAUGGAUGCAUUUGUAACUUUGUUCCUACCCCAUAUUGUAUUUAAGCUGUAUACAUCGUUAGACUGUUAAAUUAUGUUUAAAUAAGUGACUUUUCUGUUCUUAUGGCUGUGAAUUGUUUUGCUGGCUGUAUUUUAUCAGAAUUGCUUGCUGUUUUUUUUGUUGUUGUUUGGAGUUCCGUUUCUUUAAAAACUAUAUUUCAACUAAAUAAGUUUAAAUAUUGAAAGGUAAGGUAGCUGGAUGACCUAACCAAUUAAAAAACUCUCAAAACUU